AUGGCUGUGAUUGAUCCUACAAAUGUUCAGCCGUCUGAAUUAUUGGUUGACAUGGAUAAUCAGACACUAAAAGCAAAGGAAAAAGCCCUGAGCAGAAAAGAAAUAUUGGACAAGAUGGAAAAGUUGUUGUCAGCUUGUGAAGAAGAGAGUUGGCCUGAAGACAACAGGGCAUCUUAUCUCUGUUUCCUCAACAUGUACCAUAACCCGCAUGCUUUGAUGAAACAGGAUGAAAACAAGUAUAAUGUGAGCAGCGGUGCACACUUAAAUCUUCAGUGGGCUAAAAAGGAUUACACUCCUUAUUCUUGUCAAAAGAUCAUCUCAUCAACUCCGAGUGUUGGAGAUCAUCACGGCUGUCCUUAUCGUCAUUUCAGAUCAAGAUGAAGGCAUUGCUUCGUCAGCAGGGUUUGGCAAAAGCCAUUGAUAGAACUUUAUCCAAGGAAACAGAUCAAACUAAAGUUGUUGAUAUUGAAGAAAAAACACACAGUGCAAUUCAGUUGUCUCUUACUGAUGAAGUUCUUCGUGAGGUUAUCGAUGAAGACAAAGCUGAAGGGUUAUG